AACUGAGGCUACCAUCACCCCCCGUUCAGCUUCACCAACUGUGUCUCUCCGUCCAACUUCACCAGUUGUGCCUCCUAGCCCAUCGCAAAGGCCGUCUUCACCAAUUGCACUGCCAGCAGCUGAAAUUCAUUUAGCUGUGAAGAAAGUUGUGGUCUAGGAGCUUGGUAUACGUGUGGCUGAAAAGGGAACUGGUGUCGCCGUCCCACUAUCCACCAUGCGGAAGGAGGGCCCAUGCAGGGCACCUAGCAAACAAUCUGCUGCUGCUAAGGAUUCAGAGAUUGCACCGGUAAAAAUUGCACCUAUGAAACAAGUUGCUGCUGCUAAGGGUUCACCAAGUGUAUCAGGAAAAAGUCGUUUAAAAGAUAAAUCCGCUGUGAAAAAGGUGAAAUUCGCCAAGACCAGAUCCUCUCCACGACUAAGGGCAACAUUGUCGCAGGCAACAUCAUCGAAGACAACAGAAGUUAUCCAUCUUGAUGAAUCUCCCACGAUGACAUCUCCGACUGAUAAAGCAGCAGCAGCUAGCAAGGUCGCAUCUGAUGCUGUUGCGGCGACAUCAGCUAGUGUUUCUAAUGACCCUGUAGAUCAGCUUAUUGCAGCGGCAACUAUUACUGUUGUUGUUGAAGAUAUCGCUAGCGCGGCUGAGGCUGUUGAAUGUGAAAAUGAAGUCAUUGCCAAUGUAGGGCAUGAUGAAGGUGAAGUCGUUCGUGUCAUUGAAGAAGUUGUGGGAGGUACCCUAGUCAAUAUGCCUAUUGAUAUGGCUACAGCUGGAGGUCAAGAGAAUGAUGCCCAGAAUCAUGCGGCCACAGUAGCUGACCCUGUGUUGGAGUCGAGCACCCCUGGAGCUGGAGAAUACGAUGGUAAUUUUAUGCCACCCAGCUGCUCUCUUGGGCUUGAUGCCAUCUUUGGUGCGAGUCCACAAGUGCCACCAUCUACUAAAGCAACUCCAACAGCUCAAGCUGCAUCAGCAUUGGUGAUAAAACAGGUAGUAGUCCCUCAUUGAUUCAGUUUACCUACCGGGGACGACCCCUAAAAAUG